UUGAAAUCGUUUUGCCCCCACCCUUCCCACCCUCUUGUUGUGAAAAUAGUUUUCGAAAUUUACUUGGAAACCAGGAAAUGUUUUUGAGAAUGUGCCCAAGAUGCUCAAGAAACAAUCUCGUUCUGGAGAGGCUUGGAUGUAUCUCUCUGAAUCUGGAGUUGUAUUCGAAUGAGUGGGGUUGGGGAUUCACUCGAAUACAUGGCGGGUGUUACUGUGGUUUCGGUGAGGCCGUCAAUUAGCUGACUGCAUUUUCAGGCGGUCUUCCUGAAUCGUUUUCAUUGCUUGUUUCAGAGUUAGGUCUGUACUACUUUUAAGUGCCUUACGGUUAACUCCAACCUUGCAAAGCUAAUUUCAAUACACCUAUCGAUUGGAACAAUAUUUUCAUCUUUGGAGUUCGUACUGGAAGAUGGCUUAAGACAUGCAGUACUUUCUAUGUGGCAGAAUGAGAGUUGAACUCAUGACCUCUUAUUUGUGAGGUAUUGGUCCUUGCCAACUGAGCUACCCCUUUGCGGUUAUACGGCAGAAUGGCGGCAACAGAAGCAACACAUUCAUACAAUGUGUGGCUAAGAUCAGGUGUCGAGAUUUGGUGGGCAGACUGUAAGUAAUAUCAUUAGAAUCUGAAUACACCUGGGUGAUAGCGGUAGCACCAAUAGGAGACUAUAUAAGUCAACUGGGAUGGUUUCAUCUUCUGUAGCAAGAACCAAUGGCUCUGUUCCCAUGAAUAAGUGAUUUGAUGCAAGAAGUUAAAGCACAAAACCAACAUUGAGAAGAUUGAAGUCAGACAGUUUGACAUGAGUUGUCAUUGCUUCGGCUCCUGUGUGACAAGAAGAAGGAAGGAUCAUGCUCAUACUCAUCAAGAGGAAAAUGUGCCUUUGCGAGGGGAUAUUAAAUUCUUCUCUUACAAUGAAUUGAAAUCUGCAACAAAAAGUUUUAAUGCAAGCAGUAAGCUAGGUCGAGGAGGGUUUGGAACAGUUUACAAGGGAAUCCUUCAAGAUGGAACACAAGUUGCUGUGAAGGCACUUUCUGCUGAAUCAAGACAAGGGGUGAAUGAAUUCUUGAAUGAGAUUCAAACUGUCAAAAAUGUUAAGCAUCCUAACCUAGUUGAGUUACUUGGCUGCUGUAUCCAAGGGAAUAAUAGGAUUUUGGUCUACGAAUAUGUUGAAAAUAAUAGCCUUGACCGUGCAUUAUUAGGGACUAAAAGUAAAGCCAUUAUGUUGGACUGGAGUAGAAGAUCUGCCAUUUGUAUUGGGACUGCCAGAGGUCUGGCUUUCCUCCACGAAGAGCUGGAGCCACAUAUUGUACAUAGAGACAUCAAAGCUAGUAAUAUACUUCUUGACAAGGACUUUGUCCCUAAAAUUGGAGACUUUGGGUUGGCUAAACUUUUCCCAGAAAAUAUUACUCAUAUAAGCACACGAAUAGCAGGAACAACUGGUUAUUUGGCACCAGAGUAUGCGAUGCGUGGUCAGUUAACCAAGAAGGCUGAUGUAUAUAGCUUUGGGGUCCUCAUGCUUGAAAUAAUAAGCGGUAGAAGCAGUACAAAGGUGACUUGGGGAGGGACCCAGAAGCUUCUUCUGGAAUGGACCUGGCAACUCUAUGAAGAAGGAAAAUUAUUAGAGCUGCUUGACCAAGAGCUAGGAGAGUUCUCGGAGGAAGAAGUCCUUAGGUACAUUAAGGUAGCUCUCUUUUGCACCCAAGAAGCAGCUGGCCGAAGGCCUACAAUGACACAAGUUGUUGACAUGCUCUCUAGACACAUCUGGCUCAACGAGAAGGAACUGACUCCCCCAGGUAUAUUUCAAGAAUUAGGAGGGCUCAGUGGAACACUGCCUUCAUUGAAUAAAGCAUCUAUCGACUCUACCACCCAGCUGCAAAGUUCUGUUUUCACCAUCACUGAGAUGACACCUAGAUGAUCGAAUUAUCCAGGUGCAAAAUAAUUUUUUAGACCAUAAUUGUUUCUGUAAAUUUUUUUUUUUUCUUUUCGGGUGGCGGUUUUGGGGGUGGGGGAGCCUGCGAAGGAAUAGAUCUUACAUCUUAUGUAGGUGCUGGGAAAGUUAAUUGAAGCUGUUUGGGGAUGCAGUAAAUUGAUACCGGCUUGCAAAUAGUUUUCAUUGUUGUUGGUUUA